UUGAGCGAUUGUUGCAAAACGCCAACAACCGCUACCAAUCGCAAAAGCUGCGUUUGCGGGUGAUAUCUGGAAAACCAGUCAUACCCUUAAUGAAAAAAAGUAUUUUUGAAAAUGUCUCUUUAGUGGUGGUAAAAAUGAAAAGUGGUACCAUAAAAAUGGUAAACAUGUAAUUUCUCUUAAAAUGAAUAUUAUUACUCUAUAUUAGAAGUAAUAUUGUUCAUCCAUUUAUAUUUGAUGUAAGGUUUGGUAUAUUAUUAAAUAUAUUUUACUUUAUAUUUACCGUUAAAAAAAUGGAAAACUAUUUAAAAUGCUCAAAUCGCGAACUUUCUAUUACAAUCGAAUCAUUUAUUAAAUAAAGGGAAAAUUGCCAAAAGAGAACAAGAAAUCAACAUAGUUGUCCCUAUAGUAUAAAUCCAACCUAAAGUAGUCCCUAUAGUAUAAUGUUUUCCAUAAUACCAAAAGUAACCUUUAAUUAAUCUUAUUAAACAUAAUUAAUUUGGUUUUUUAUAAAAAAAUAAAGAUGAUUCGGUUUAAUAAAGUUACCGGGUUAGAAAAAAAAUCAGAAGAAAAGGGGUCAAAAGCUUGAUUUCCCUAACCCUAACAUCGUUGGUCUCUCCGCCUCUCUCUUUCACGGAGAUAAAGAUGGCGAUUUUGUCUUCUCCGUUGUGCUCCCUCCGGUGAAAUCAACGACGGAACCCACCGAAGCUUCUCUCUCCACCUCUACGUCUCUCUGCUACUCUCCGCCUCUCUCCACCUCUCUCCGCCUCUCGCCGCCUCUCCGCUUCUCGCCACCUCUCUGCUUCUCUCCGCCUCUCUCGGCGUCUUUCCUCCUCUCGCCGCCUCGUCGGUUCUCUCCACCUCUCGCCACCUCUCCGCUUAUCGCCACCUCUCCGCUUCUCUCCGCCUCUCCGCCUCUCUGCCUCAAUUUGCGAACGAUAUGGAGCUUGAGCUACCCAAACGAUUGUAUGCAGAGGGUUCAGAACCUCGGGUUAAGAAGAUCAACAACAGUUGCCGCAUGGAACUUAUCAGAGAUCUGAAGAAAGCUAUGUGUGCCGAGUAUGAUGAUGUGAAGAGAGAUCCAGUUUUCACACAUAUCAUGGCUAUUGCCGAAAAUGAUCUCAAGUUCUCUGGGAAACUAGUGGAUAGCUUCAUAUGUAGGCAGCUGAUUACCUCAAAGCUGCAUGAGAAGUGGUUUGUUUUUGCGAGGACGCCUCUCCGGUUUUCGCUUCAGGAGUACCAUGCCGUGACAGGCCUCAAGAUUACACGGGAAACUAACAGUGACGUAGUGAAAUGGAAAAACGACGGGGGUUUUUGGAGUAACCUACUGCACACAGGUGGUAAGAUCACCUUGCAGUCGAUCAGAAAGGUUCAUCUACAAGAAGUUCACACCUGGACUCGGCUUGAUAGGAUGAGGUUGAUCUACUUGUGUGUAAUAGUGGGUGUGGUGAUGGGGAGAGAUGAGAAGGUGUCCAUCCCUCAUAUGUACAUCAAGUUGGUGAUGGAUUUUGACAAGGUUCGGAAGUUCCAUUGGGGUCUUCACUCGUAUGAUUUCCUGCUGAGUUCGAUUGAGAAGGCUAGGAAGAAGUUGGGUAAGAAGGAGAGCUACAUUUUCGAGGGUUUCUCCUAUGCUCUCCAGAUUUGGAUUAUGGAGGCAAUUCCAGAUUUUGGAGAAAUUUUAGGCAGAAGAGUCUCAGACAGCUUCAAAGGUCCAAGGUGUGGCAAUUGGAAAGGAGUUGCAAAAGUUUCUUAUGAAGACAUCAUUGAGCUCGAGGACUCCUUAACUAACAAGGAUAACUUCUUCUCGGUCAUAUCAGUGACUGGUAAUGGUGAUGUGUUUCUAGAUGCUCAGUACACAAGGGAGGGUGAGAUGGAAGAUGAACGAGUGGACCUUGUUUUGGAGAGGAUCAGGAACAAGUAUGAUUGGAGCAGCACAGACUGGCCAGUUUUAGACCCUGAAGAGUCUAAAAUGGAGGAACCCGACAGCCAUGAUAGAGGGUCAGAAGCUGAUAAGAGCGUGGAUCAUACGGAUGUUGUAGCAGACGAGGAGACCUCUUCGGUUCAGGUUGCAGGAAAAGGCAAGAGAAAGUUUCUUGAUGAAGGAGCAGAGACAAGAAAGAAGAAGGUGCUGUGUAAGCGAUCAGCAGAAAAGUUUCUGACUUUUGGUCCUGAAACUAAGAGUUUCAUUGAGGGUCUUAUCCGCACAUCUGUCACUUCAUUGGGAGAUGUGCUCAGUAUGCAAAUGGCGAAUAUGGAGAGAGUGUUUACAGAGAGGAUGGGGAAGAUGGAGAUUGAGGUUUCACAGCUCAAGGACGCAAUCAGUUUGACUGGUGAAGGAAGCUAUCCUAGUAAGAAAGAAACUGAAGAAGCUCCACUAAACAGCAAAGCCAAGCAAGCUCCACCUAAGAGCAAAGGCGCUCAAGCUCCACCUAAGAGCAAAGGCGCUGAAGCUCCACCUAAGCGCAAAGGCGAUCAACCUACUCCAACAAAAAAGGACGGGAAAAAGAUUGCUACAGAAACUAAUGAUUUUGAUUUUGGAUUGAGUACACAAGACUUGCGGGACCUGUCCCAAGCUACAUUUGUUGACGGUUUUGAUCUGUCUCAAGUGAAAGCUGAGACGUCAAGUAAAUCGAAACCGUUUAACAUGGCUCCACUGCAGUGGAAUGAUGAGGAAAUGGAUCGAACCAAAGAAGACUCGCCAGAUGCCGCGUUGGUGUUUUUCCGUGAAGAGGAUUGGGAAAAAGUUAGAACUUGGUCAACUUCCUCUACACGUAUACGGAUUGGACCUGCCACUUUAGAUUUUGAGAUUGCUAAUCGUCUUAUGGAUAAAUCUGAGUGGUUAAAUAGCUUGGAGAUUGACGCUGCAAUGUACGUAUUCCGGGAGAGAACAUCUUUGAAACGAUGGAGACCUCAUCGUGUCGCCUUCAUGACUGUCGUCUUCAGCAAUAUGAUUAAAAAAGAGUAUGGUCAUUUAGAAGGUCAGGGUAGAAAGAGCUACAUGCUUCAUAAUUUGCUACUGCAGUUCGGUAAAGGAGUCCUUCCACCACAUGGCAGGACACAUGAGAUAUGGAAUAUAGAUGUGGAUCGCCUGUAUGUCCCUGUUCAUGUCAGUGGGAAUCAUUGGAUCGCCUUGUGCAUCAGUUUCGUGACGAGAAGCAUUGAAGUGUUCGACUGCUCGGGUAGGAAAAGGUACAAGGAGGUGGAUGGGUUCGCAAACCUUAUUCCGCGUAUUGUCAAGGCAGUUCAGCCUAUGAGACACCAGAAGGAUUUCACAGUCGGUUCCCGGAUUAGCCUCUCUGAGCAUGUGCAAGUAUUUCGGUAUUUUUCCAUAACUUCUCUCUGGUAUACCUCUAACAGCAUUAACCGCAUAUUCACGAGCAUCCCAUGCUAAAGAUUUCGUGAUCUCACAGCCAUGAUCCAUAAGCAUAAUCUGUAUUAUAUCAUUGCAUUUUGGCCCUUCCUUAACCCCUUCAUACCUAUGCAUAAUCAGACUGCCUAUAGUUUUGGCCGAAGCAGUCCUACCCGGUUUGGUUUUGUUUGAAGGUGCGCAUGUAUGUUCACCGACAUACUUUUUGAUAAUGAAAUAUUCAGAAUCCUUCAAACACUCUGCUCGAACACACCAAUUGCAUGCAUUAUCCUCACAUCUAACGUACCAAAGUUGUCUAUCCGUUUUGAUAACCUCGUAGUGAAAGUUAUGCUUCAUUGCACAUAGCUCGAAAGUCGCCUUCAGCAAAGUUUUGUUCUCAAACAAUUGUCCCUUCUUAACAACAUUGAGCACAGAAAACUUUGACAUCUUAUGUAUGUCCUCUUUGGCCGAGAUCAUAGUAUCGGCAUGAUAGGCAUCCUCAUCAACUUCGACUCUUCUAAUCUUUUCUUUCUUUUUCUCGCACUGCCUCUCAACAAACACAGGAGCCGGUUCGUUCCCCCUAUCAACCGAGUUUCCCUCCUCUUGAGCAGAACUUGAAUCAGCUGGCGACUUGUUAAGAUCAAAGUCUGGUUCAUUCAGAUUCUCAACUUUGGCUUUAGACGUUACACACAAUCGAGUAGAAACACACUUUUGAACAAAACCAACAAAAUUCUGAAGCUGUCGAUCAUUCGCAAUGAUCACAGGUGGACAAGUUGAUGUAUUGAUCAACUCAUUAGGUAGAUAACUCAACUCCAAAUCGGGUAAGCUAUCUUCUUCCAUAUCAAAAUCUUCCAAAACCAUUCUUUUAAAAACCUCUAAGGUAGAACUUGAUUCCAAUAACAGUAGCCUAGCCCCUUUCUCAUCAGCCGAAAAAACCCAUCCCGUGGUUGCUCCAAACUCCCAAACACCACAUGUUGUAUAGAUAUGCAUCAUAGAACAAGUUUUUGUGAAAAUCACAAGACAAACUAUAGAAAAAUCAUGGGGAAAUCAUAGAUUGGUGAAGAAGAACAUUCAAAAUCGUUUUUUUUUUUAAUUUUUCACGAAGCAAAUCAAUGAAAACACGUUUUAGGAAGUUAGAAUAUUUUUAGAAUAUUUUUAAAACUGCAACUUCCUUAAUUUUCGAAAAUUCAGUUUUUUUAUCCGUAGAAGGCACCUUCUACACUGUGUAGAACAUAACAAAAUUCCAGAAUGUAAUUUCUACACUAUGUGGACGUUCGUGUAUGUUUUAGAUUUUGCAUUCCUGAUAACUUAGAAUACUCGAUAAAAGUAGAAACAUGUUUCUGAAUAAAAGUAGCGAUCAUUACAAAUAGUAGAAUUCGUAUUCCCCAUAUUUAGAAUUAUAGUAAAAAGUAGUUUUUACGUUCUAAAACAAGUAGAUGGAUGUGUUCAUUCUAGAAUUCAUUUUCUACUCACCCGUUUUGUGUAGAAACAGAAUUCUACUUUUAGUAGAACGUAAUUUAAAAACAUUAUUUAUUAUGUUUUUCAAACC